AUGUCCGAGGUCGUAGAACAUAGCACAGACAACAUGUCAGUGGUGAUAAACAUUGAUGAUAAGGUUCAGAGAGUCUGCGUGUCCCCUGUCCCGAAAUCCUUGAGUUUGGGCAAGCCAGAAGCUUUCACCCCUCACUUUCUGGGCCUUGGACCGUACCAUCAUAAUCGUUCUAACCUCACCAUGACCGAUGAACUCAAGUUAGCUGCAGCAAAAAGGAUGGGCAAAGACAACUGCGAAAUCCGCAUCUCCGAUGUUCAACCUUUCUACCACCAAGAUGCCUUCAACUCUUCUCACUACGAGGAAGACAAACUCCUCCGUGAUAUCACCACCGAUGGCUUAUUCUUGCUGGCUUUACUUGACUGGAGUCUUGGUGCCCAACCUCAGCAAGACACUUACUUCUUAACGGGAAAAUACGGCAUGCCCCUAGUCAACUCUUCGAGUGUAGAGUUGACCAUGGACGCCGUCGUCAGGGACGUUUUCAUGCUCGAGAACCAAAUUCCCACUGAUAUCCUUGAGCAAAUCAACAAAGUCAUCUGCCAUAGCGACGUUCGAUCGCAGAAUUUGGGGGCAAAAAUGCUAAGUUUCUGUGAAAACCACUGUCCACUCGUCUACUCAGAAGAACUCUCCGAAAACGAAGAGCAUGAUCAUUUGUUGGAUCUCAUGUACCAUUUGGUAGCACCUAAGCCUUCUGAGUCAGAUACAAAGACGAAUGAGAAGGCCUUGUCUUCGGUUAAAUCCAAGGGUAAAACGGACAAAACUGUGGAGACAUUGAAUCCCGAUCAGUCCGAGGGUACUAAGUGUUAG